AUGGCCCGUGAAAGAUUUGGACGGUUUUUCCGAAAGCGGCAAUUGGGUAAGGACGACGAGAAGAUAUCCCAGUCUAGACAAAUGAAUCAUUUUAGGGAUGAUUCUUUGACCCAUCAUGCAUCCGCCAUUGCUACAAAACCAGAUCUGUGGCAACGCGCUUUUGAUGCUCUCGAGCCAAAGAAGCAACAACUCAUCAAAUCUAUAUCGAUACCAGAGUUAAACAAAACUAUCGACUCCAAUGAUGUGAAAAUAAAUUCCAGCGUCACCAAUCGAUUAAAGGCACUAAAUGGGGUAGUCGAGACCGUGAAGACUCAGUAUCAAGUCGACCAGGGAAAGUCCAAGAUCAGGGAACCAGCCCAAAAGAUCAUCAAGGCUGUUCUUGGUUUUCAGGACCUGGUCCAGGCAGCUGUAGCGUUCGAUCCAACAGGACACGCAACCAGCGUCUGGGCAGUUGUAUCUUUGGGGUUGGUUGUAUGCUCAAAUUCCCCAUUCAAGAAAAUUCUCAAGAACAAGUAA